AUGGUUAAAAAAAACGGUACGAAAUUUCCCGAAGAAAAUCAACAGGAUUUUCCAUCAUCGCAAAGAAAAGCACCCGGUCCUAAAAGUCCAACGGAAGCAACAACGGCUCCAACGAGUCCGCCAUAUUAUAGAAACAUGGACGUCACAAUAACCUACGAGAAAAAUGAAAAUGAAAACCGCGCAGGAUUUUUUUUUCUUCGACAACUUUUGACUGGAAUCAUUUAA